AUGCCUCAAUCUUCGAAGGGUUACACUUACACUAGCUCCGGUACCAACAGCCAGGUGAAUUUUGCAGAAAUCCUGGUGGCAUCUGAUGACCCCGAGACUGACGGCACAUGUUUCACUAGCAACGGUUCCUACUACUACUCCAACCCCAAUGGAAGUACCUAUUACAACAGUGGGAGCGGCUCCUCUACAUACACUCCUCCUUCCGGAUCGGGCAAGAAGUAG